UUUGUCAAUCUUGGCAUAUUAUUGGGGUACGUAUCCAAUUAUGCCUUCUCCAAGCUCCCAACCAACUUGGGCUGGAGGUACAUGCUCGGCGUCGGUGCACUUCCAGCGGUGGUUCUCGCCGUCGGCGUUUUAGCCAUGCCCGAGUCACCUCGUUGGCUCGUCAUGCAGGGACGACUCGGGGAUGCCAAGCGAGUUCUCGACAAAACCUCAACUUCCAAAGAAGAGGCUCAACUCAGGCUAGACGACAUCAAAGAAGCUGCAGGCAUCCCCAUGCACUUAAACGACGACGUUGUUUCGGUCACGAAACAAAGCCACGGCGAAGGUGUAUGGAGACAACUGAUCCUUCAUCCCACACCGGCCGUUCUUCACAUUUUAAUCGCAGCCCUUGGUAUCCAUUUCUUUCAACAAGUCACGGGCAUAGACUCUGUCGUUUUGUACAGCCCAAGGAUCUUUGCGAAGGCCGGGAUCACCUCUUACGAGCACACGCUACUGGCAACCGUGGCCGUUGGAUUCAUCAAGACCAUUUUCAUCUUCAUCGCCACAUUUCUCCUUGAUCGGGUUGGACGACGCCCAUUGCUUUUGACCAGCAUGGGUGGAAUGAUACUUUCCCUUGCGUGUCUCGGUGCGGCGCUUACGAUCGUCGAUCAUCACGACAGCACAAUCCCGUGGGCCGUCGCAUUGUGCAUCACCAUGGUGCUAUUCAACGUUGCAUUUUUCUCUAUCGGACUGGGGCCCAUCACAUGGGUCUACAGCUCUGAGAUCUUCCCGCUAAAGCUGCGAGCGCAAGGAGUCAGUUUGGGAGUGGCCGUUAACAGGGUGAUUAGUGGCAUCAUCUCCAUGACUUUUCUUUCCUUGUACAAGGCCAUCACGAUUGGCGGGGCCUUCUUUCUUUACGCUGGAAUUGGAGUGUUGGCUUGGGUCUUCUUCUAUACAAUGCUUCCGGAAACACAGGGCAGAACCCUCGAAGAAAUGGAGGUCUUGUUUGGUAAAUACCAUAAGUGGAGACAAGCCAACGCCAUGCUCAAGAGCAAGAAAGUUGAUCAUGGUGAUGGCGAUGAAAACAAGGGUCAAGUCAACUAA